UUUUAGAAAUGUAUUUUAUUACGAGGAAGUUCUCUCCUGUUGAUGGGCAACCGAAAAUGAUGCCAUGAAUGUACGAAUUUUGUCUUUGGGUUCGCGCUUCGGGGAAAAUCGUUUUGGGUUCGGAGAAUCGGUGGAGUUGGGGGGAAUAUUUCCGCGAUAUGAAGCGAUCGUCCCUCUAGUUCUCUGUCUCAUUUGCUUAUUGAACUCAAGGGAAGGUUCCGCGCCAUACGCGAAGUCCAAUGCCUGAGACCUCGAGGUAAAAACAAGAUUCGUAUUUCUUAUAGUUUUCUUUAAUUUUAUUUUGUUCAUUGGUUUUUUUUUUUGUUUAUCUCAAAUUUUGUUCAAUUUUUUUAUUGUAAUUUCACGUAGUGUGGCGUUUAUUUGCAAUUUAUGGGCGGAAUAAAUUUCAUGGCGAGGGUGUGGAUUUAUAAAGGAGAACUAGACGGGUGAUUUGCUGUAUCUGCGAGAAAUAAAAGGAAGAUUGGAGACGAGCCUGAAUUAUCGUGCCAAUCCUUAUCAAAAGUAAAGGAGGAUAACAAAGAGACCUCAACUUCGCGACAGAAAUCAACAACGCUGUUUCUCCCGACCCACGCCAUUGAUGAUCUUCCCAAUCAUUGUCGAAAGCGAUGAGUAUUUUGUUGAAUCUCUCUUUAUUGUUUUAUAAAAGUAUUGUCAUGCACUGAAUUUCAUUUGACUAUAUAUUUUCUGUGUGAUUUAAUUUAUAAUUUAUAUGUAUGUCCUAAAUUUGUAUAAAAUACUUGACUUGUUGUGUGAAUGUCUUUUUGAAUGUAUGUAUAUUAAUAACGCGGGCAUAAGUUAUAAUUGUAAAUUAUUUGAUUGACUCGAGUCAAAACGAUCGAUUUUCUGAAUUUUAAUAUAUUAUUUUAUUGUGCAUUUAUUUGUGAUAUUUCUUCUUUAUUGAGUUCAUUCCUUUUAUCAAUUGUUAAAAUUUUCUUGAUGUUUACAUUUUCUAUUUGAUUUAUUUUAUUUGAAAUUCAAUUAUUUUCUCUUUUAAAAGUGUAUUUAUUACAUAAAUGGCGCCCGAACAGGGACAUGAAUGAGUGCCCAAAAUUUUGAAUGAUUGAGAUUUAUUAAUUUUGUUUUGUAUAAAUUUUGUGAAAUAUUGUAUUUUUUUUAUGAAACGUAUUCUGGGGAGAGAAACUCGAUCUCGUCCGGGAAUUUUAUUGGAGGGUUUAACUUUCGAACGUCGUAAAAAUAAUCGCGAAAACAAACGAACAAUGUCGCAACCUCCGGGUGAAUUUGUAAAUAAUGUUGGAAAUUUAGGAAAUAAUAAUGACAUUGUUAUUGACGAAUUGCGAGCUGAAAUUGAUCGAUUGCGUACAAUAAAUUCUGCUCAAAAUAUUCAAUUAACGCAAUUGCAAAAUCGUAUCCAUGAAAGUUCAAGUGAUGUGGGCAGUCAGCUGGUGCGAACUCUUAUUGACGGAUUAAGGGGAUUAAAUGUUGAGACCAAGAUUCCGAGAUUUUGUGAGCCGGAAAAUCCGAAUCAUUUUAUUGAAAAAUUAGAAAAAUAUUUUGUGUUAAAGAAUUUGCAAGGGAAUCGGUUAAGUUUGAUAGAUGGGUGCUUCGAUGGCCGGGCACGCGCCUGGUUCGAAUCGCAGCGGAGUACUUUAAUUAAUUAUGCGGAUUUUAAAACAAAAUUUCUGGCGGAGUUCUUUUCGAUUCCGAUCCGUGUUAAAUUACGGGCGGAAUGGUUGGCGCGUCGAUUUGAUAACUCAUCUGAUAAUUUGCAAACUUAUUUUAUGCGUCAAAUUAAAGAAGCUCAAUUUUUUACUCCGCAAUAUGAGCCCUACGAAUUACAUUUUAUGAUUAUUCAGCAAUUACCUAUGAGAGUGCGGGAAAUUGUUUCUACCAUCGAUUUUAAAGAUUAUGAUAAAAUAUCACAGUGUCUUGCUCAAUUGGAUUUCGCUUUUCAAGAGAAAACAAGUCAUUAUAAUGUCAAGUCUCGAAAUUCGGUUUCCAACGCGUAUAAUGAAAAUAAAAAUAAUGAUAAGCGAAAUCAACAACAGUCGCAAUCAUCAAGGCCUUCGCUUGUAACGAAUUCGUAUAUACAGGCAAAUAGUUUUCACGCCGAAAAUCCAAAUAUUAAUGGUCACUCCCGGUCUUCUGAACCACGUGUUCCCCUACCCGAUACCAGUCGGCCCCCUCCGCCCUUUUCCUCAUCUGUGAAAAACAUCAAAGACUUUAACUCUAUGAAUCAGUUAGCAAUUUCGAAAGGCGCGAGCCAUUCAACAAUAUUUUCAAGUCGGCAUUUAUAUGAUGAAUUUAAUCAAGUUAUCGAUGAUGUCGCGAAUAAUUUAGAAAAACGAUGUGACGAAUCUACGUGCAGUCCAUCUUGCCCGCGUAUUAUUGUUGCAAUGCAGUCAGUGCCGGCUUCAUCAUUAAUUGAUACGGGAAGUCAGAUUACGGCGGUGUCAGAGGAGUUUUAUAAUUAUUUAAAAAAAUAUUAUCAAGUGCUUGAACUGCCUGUUUCGAGUGUUGUUCUUUUUACAGCCAUUGGGAAGAAAUCAACUCCCAUUAAGAAGCAAAUAAUGUGCAAAUUGACGAUUGGAGAUUUCGAAUCAUCAUCGGGUACUAAAUCAUCUUAAUCCAGAUCCAGAAUUUACAUUGGAACAGGAAGUUCUAUAGUUUACUGCUUGCGAAAAUAUUUGCAUUGCCAGGACACAGUACAGAGUUCUCAACACUAAGGUUGUAAGCCUCCAGUGUUAAGCCGGAUAUACG